AUGCCACCACGUCCCCUACCCGAGCGGCGACUGUCCCUCUUCCCGCUGCCGCCGUUGCCGAGCGAGUCGCUUCCCACGGCCUCCAGCAUGAAAGACUCCGACCAUAGCCAAGGCAUGUCUGCUGCCGCCCGAGUGGCUACCACCUCGGACAUCCUCGACCAAAUCCUCUCCCACCCCUUCGGUAACAGAGACCUCGCCUCUCUCCUACGCGUAUCUCCCCUCUUCUUUCAUAUCGCCGGCCGCAAGGUCUACUCUACGCUGCCCAUAUCCAACGCUCUCAACACUGUCUCCCUCUCGGGCCCUAGUGGGGGAUCGAGCGGCUCUGGCUCCUACGGCAAAGGGCAGUUCUUCCCGUAUGUCCGAACGGUGGUAGUCGAAAGGGCGCCGAUUCCCAAACGUACUAUCUGGGCGGGAUGGGAAGAACUGCCUCCCCUUCCAUCUGUCGAGAACGUCAUCAUCUAA